CAGUUUUAAAAAGUUGUUGAAUUGCCUUUUGGGAUAACUUUUUGAGAAAAAACCAUGUCUGUUCAUAAACCACACGGGAAUAUCAUUCCUAUAUCCGAUCCACAUGCCAAAACUCAUUUAUGCCAGGCUACGCAUGUCCCUCUCCCACCAGGCACGGGUAUUGUAAACGAGGACGAGAAUACGUCGACAGCAUGUGGUGACGAUAAUGUGUUGAGGGACCCAUUUCGGGAUGGUGAGGAUCCAAAGGAGGAGAAUGAGGCUGCAAAGAAAUGGGAUGGACAUAAUUGGACGUGGGUAUCUGGGAACCAUCUUCAUCACCUUCCGGAUCCGAAACCGAGUGAUCUUCCAGUGUUGGGCAAGGAGGAUACGACGCCUGAUACAGAUCCAGAAAAUAUUGUUGCACGCUCGCGGGGUGAAAAUGAGCAGCAGGAAUGGGUCAAGGGGAUGGAUCAGGAUGAGAUUGUCUAUGUGGAGGAACCGGAUGGGACGGCGGAUUUGACGGGAUGAGAAACUGGGUGACUGACAAGAGUGAUGGAUACAUGCGAUGAUGGGGCGCGGCUAGUCGAUUCUUGCCAUCGUUCAUAUAUGCUUUCGAGCAAUAAACGGUUCAAAAGUUGAAAUGGAAAUGAAAUUACUUUUUUGUCAACGC